AGCACCGCAACAACCAACGGUCCAGAUUCACUCCACAGUUUCUGGCUCCUCUUUAUCUUCCUCUCCUUCACUUCGCUCUAGGCCUUCCUCUCCCUUUACCUCUCUCUCUCUCUCUCUCUCUCGCUAUAGCAGUUGUAGCCUUGUGGGUUGUUAGAGAAAGCAGCAGAGAAGAGAAAAAAUGUUGCUGGGGAAGAGACCAAGGCCUCCAAUGAAGAGGACCACAAGCAUGUCAGAGAUCACCUUUGAUCUGAACACCAUCAGUACUGAGGCAGCUCAAUCUCAACCGUCCGAUCCCAACAACCCUUUUAACCCUUUGGCCUUCUGGGGUGGUGGCGGUGGUGGAGGUGGGCUUGAUGGGUUGGAUCAAAGGCUCAUGAUGAAGAUGGCCUCACCAUCACCAUCAUCACCAUCACCAAGAAGCCACAGAAGGAACUCGGCUGAUUUUGUAGAGACUGCCCACUUCUUGAGGGCUUGUGGUCUCUGCAAACGCCGCCUUGUUCCUGGCCGUGAUAUUUACAUGUACAGAGGUGACACUGCUUUCUGCAGCCUAGAGUGCCGGCAGCAACAGAUGAACCUUGACGAGAGGAAUGACAAGUGUUGUUCCACCGCCGGAGGCCAAGUCUCCACCAAAGGCGAAACCGUCGCCGCCUUGUAGAGUCCGUCGUCAGCCCGGAACACAGCACCAUGUUUGCGAGCUUUGCUCUAAUAUAUGAAUAUAUAAAUAGGUUUGGGGGGAUGGUUUUAGGUACGUUGCAUGAAAAUGGGAAAACCUUGAAGCUUUCAGUCUUCAUUAAUUAUGUGCUUGUUUCAAGCAAAAUUAACUUCAAGUGUUGUACUUCAUUUUCAUGGUUUCCUCUCUCUUGUUUUCUUUUAGGUAGUAAUGGAAGUAAAUUGCAAAUUUACAGAGUUAAUUUAAUCUUCCUUUAGUAUA